AUGGUGCAGUGCGAGCUGUGGAACGUACCCGACAACGCUCCCUUCGACGUACUCAUCACGCGCCAGCUCGAGAAAUCGCUAGUCCGGUAUCUCUGCAGCUGCUGCGACGGCUCGGGGCUCCAGCCACCAAUGCCUGUUGGCUUGGAGGUCAGAGCAGCUGAGCAGGACAGCUUCAAGUCUGUCGAGGGGGUUGGAGUGGGAUGGGCAUGUGUCCGAGAGGCCGAAUUGAAAGGCUUCAGUACUGCCGGGCACAGUACAGUAUUUCUGAAGACGCCCAGCACUCCUCCGCCCUAUAGAAGCCUGUUGUCGCCCUUGAUGAGCGUGGCUGGCACGAGCCGUCUCGAGGUGAGCUGUGUGCUGCACUGGUUCUCCUUGUGGAACAGCGCCCAGAGGGAGGCCUUCUCUGCUACACUACUCGCCCACUUGGCACCCCCAAAGGAGGAUCCCGCAAGUGAAUUGUGUGGCCAGCUAGACACUCUGUCUCUUUCGCGCCGCAACUGCCCAUCAGUGCUGCGCUGCCAGCUGUCCCUGUGCGAACUCUACUUUGCCUCCUGGGGACCAGAGGGCCAGCGGGAAUUCCUGCAUACCUUAGCACAGCGCGACGGUCCCUUCGUGGCCCGCUUCCUCGGCUCCCUGGCACAACGAGAGCCCCUGCUGGCUCAGGCACUGGCCCCGUGA